AUGGGGGGCCUACAAGCUGCAAAUGCCGCCCGACGCGCUGAACUUGCUGGUCCGGCUGGGAUUCGAGGGUUAAUGCAGAACCCUCGCUUGUUUAGGCUGGCUAUUAUCACCACACUUGGUGCAUUGUGUUAUGGCUAUGAGCAGGGUGCCUACUCCCAGGUUCUUGUCAUGGAUGCAUUUGUCAACGACAGGAGAUUCGCUCGCAUUGCGAACGACUCCUCAUUCAAGGGUUGGAGUGUUUCGACACUCGGUCUUGGUGGUUGGGCAGGAGCUUUAUCGAAUGGAUACUUAUGCGACAUUAUAUCUCGACGGUGGACACUUUUUGUGGGGGCUAUGAUUUGCCUGUUGGGGACGGCUUUGACGACCGGAGCACAAAAUGCGGCUUGGAUGUUCGUGGGGAGAUUCUUUAUCGGCUGGGCAGUGGGAAGUCUUUCUGCAGCCGUUCCAUUGUACAAUUCGGAGAUUUCACCACCAGAGCUACGUGGCACUGUUGUCUCCAUCCAGCAAUUAGCGAUUGUGACUGGCAUCUGCAUAUCAUUCUGGGUCGGAUUUGGCACCAACUUCAUCUCAGAGACGAACUCCGCCUCGUGGCGCGUCUGUCUCGCCGGUCAGGGAGUCCCCUCGUUGGCGUUGGCGCUGCUUAGCUUCACGCUUCCCUACACGCCACGAUGGCUCAUUCGGAGAGGGCGCAAUGAAGAGGCGUUGAGCACGUUAGCAUGGUUAAGGAAGAUGCCAGAGGACUCUGAGAUAGUCCAAUUGGAGUAUACCGAGAUUCAAGCAGAGGCGCUGUUUGAGGCGGAGACCACAGCUGAACGAUUCCCUGGUCUCACGAGCAAAGACGCAUGGACACAGUUCAAGCUCCAGAUCGCGCAAUUUGGGGAGUUAUUCACGACCAUUCAUAUGUUCCGACGAACAGCAGUCGCGUGUCUCACGCAGUUCUUCCAACAAAUGUCUGGCAUUGAUGCCAUUGUCUACUAUGCUCCAUCAAUCUUCUCCUCGCUCGGUUUACCGGGGAAAACAGUUUCUCUACUCGCAGCAGGUGUCAUUGGUGUUGUAUUCAUCAUAUCCACACUCCCGGCAAUCGCUACCAUCGACCGAGUGGGUCGCCGUCCGCUGCUUAUCAUCGGAGGUAGCGGAAUGGCCCUCAUGUUGAUUCUGGUUGCGGCAUUAACGGCCACGUACCAACCGGAUUGGAACAACUCCGCUGCGGGGUGGACGACAGCGACGUUUAUAUGGAUUUAUGUCGCGUUCUUUGGCACUUCAUGGGGUCCGGUUUCAUGGACGGUCAUCUCAGAAGUCUUCCCUUUGUCGACUCGGGCUCACGGAGUUGCGCUGGGUGCUUCUGCGAAUUGGAUGACCAACUUUGUGGUCGGAAUAGUUGUUCCCGAUAUGCUCAAGGCCAUUACCUAUGGCACCUAUCUAUUCUUCCUCAUGUUCAUGUUGAUGGGGAUUGCCUUUGCUUAUUGGGUACUUCCAGAGACGUUCGGAAAGUCACUCGAAGAGAUGGACCUCGCAUUCGGCUCUGGCGAAGGACAAGAAGACAUGGCUCGCAUGGAGCGCAUUCUGCUGGCGUUGAGUAACAAGGAGAAAAAGCAUCCGCGGGAGUCCGAUGAUGUGGGAAGCUCAAAAGCCGAGGCCUAA